CCAGCAAAUCCGCCUCAGUGCAAAUCUGUGACAUAGGCGCUCAACCUGUUGCCUAUGACUGUCCCACACUAGAACCUGUGCGAAGUCUCAGGUUAAAAUGGCUUCAGUGGUCUCUCUCGGGAGUAUCAGGAAAUGAAGCAGGUGGAAAUAUGUCAGCUUGCUUUUGAAGUGUCAUCGACUCGUAAAGCCGGAGGUUUCAUUGGAGCCUGUCUGAACGAUUGUUACUGAAGAAAUUAUUUCGGGGGGACUCCUCUAUUUGGAAUGUUUUAUGAUUGGAAUAAAGCCAGUAUAACCUCACAGGCUAAAAGCAAGCUAAUGUCAAUUCUCAUUGGAGCUCUCCUUAAGAUCGGUGACAACUAGACAACUAGACUUCUGGACCAUGGACGAAACAAGUUUGAAUGACUCAAACGUGAAGGUUGCUGUACGGGUCCGGCCAAUGAACAGGAGAGAAAAGGACCUGAAGACAAAAUGUGUCAUCGAAAUGGAAGGCAACCAGACCAUCCUCCACCCUGCCUGUGGGAACAUGGGAAAAGGGGACACUAGGAGCCAGCCAAAGGUUUUUGCGUAUGACUACUGUUUUUGGUCUAUGGAUGAGGCAGAUGCAGCAUUUGCAGGUCAGGAUGUAGUGUUUCAGUGCCUGGGGGAAAGCCUUUUGGAUAAUGCUUUCCAGGGCUACAAUGCCUGCAUCUUUGCCUAUGGACAAACAGGCUCGGGGAAGUCCUACACCAUGAUGGGCUCUGCGGACCAGCCAGGUCUGACCCCUCGGCUGUGCAGCGCGCUGUUCGAGCGCUCCACCCGGGAGCAGCGGGAGGGGGAGAGCUUCACCGUGGAGGUGUCCUUCAUGGAGAUCUACAACGAGAAGGUCCGCGACCUGCUCGACCCAAAAGGGAGUCGCCAGGCACUGAGAGUGAGGGAGCACAACGUGCUGGGGCCUUACGUGGAUGGCCUCUCUCGCCUCGCCGUUGCCAACUACAAGGACAUUGAGUCUCUGAUGUCCGAGGGCAACAAGUCUCGUACAGUAGCCGCCACAAACAUGAACGAGGAGAGCAGCCGCUCCCACGGCGUCUUCAACAUCAUCCUCACACACACACUCAAGGACAUGCAGUCUGGGACAAGUGGGGAGAAGGUCAGUAAGCUGAGUCUCGUGGAUCUGGCUGGAAGUGAGCGGGCGGCUAAAACAGGAGCCGCCGGAGAGAGACUCAAAGAGGGCAGCAACAUCAACAAGUCUCUGACCACACUGGGCCUGGUGAUCUCAGCGCUGGCUGACCAGGGGGCUGGGAAGAACAAGAGCAAGUUCGUUCCCUACAGGGACUCAGUGCUCACUUGGCUCCUUAAGGACAGCCUGGGUGGCAACAGUCGCACGGCGAUGGUUGCCACGGUGAGCCCCGCAGCUGACAACUACGAGGAGACGCUGUCGACCCUCCGCUACGCCGACCGCGCCAAGAGCAUCGUCAAUCAUGCCGUGGUGAACGAGGACCCCAACGCUCGCAUCAUCAGAGAGCUGAGAGAGGAGGUGGAGAAGCUCCGAGACCAGCUGACAGAGGCUGAGUCUAUGAAGGCUCCAGAGCUGAAGGACAGGCUGGAGGAAUCUGAGAAGCUGAUUCAGGAGAUGACGGUCACCUGGGCGGACAAACUCAGGAAGACCGAAGCAAUAGCACAGGAGCGGCAGAAGCAGUUGGAGAGUUUGGGCAUCUCUCUACAGUCUUCUGGCAUCAGAGUAAUGGAGGACAAAUGCUUCCUGGUCAAUCUGAAUGCUGACCCUGCCCUCAACGAGUUGCUGGUCUACUACCUGAAGGACCACACUCGUGUAGGCUCAGCUGACUCCCAGGACAUCCAGCUGUGUGGGAUGGCCAUUCAGGCGGAACACUGCGUCAUCAACAUCACCAGCGACUCUGGUGUGGUCCUCACCCCACACAAAACUGCACGCACCUGUGUGAAUGGAACUCCCAUCACUACCCCGAUCCAGCUUCACCAUGGAGACCGCAUCCUCUGGGGCAAUAACCACUUUUUCAGGAUCAACAUGCCCAAGCUGCUGUCUCGCAGCACUGAGGAAGAGGAGGGUGGGACGAUGAAUGCUGGACUGAGCACGGAGCAGCUGGAGGUGGACGUGGACACUGUGAGCCAGGGCUCCAGUGACACCAGCUUCAACUACGAGUACGCCCAGACUGAGGUCAUGAUGAAGGCCCUGGGCAACAACGACCCCAUGCAGGCAGUUCUGCAGACUCUGGAACGCCGUCACGAGGAGGAGAAGCGCUCGGCCCUGGAGCGCCAGCGGCAGAUGUACGAGCAGGAGCUGCAGCAGCUGCGCAGACGCCUGACCCCGGAGAAGCAGCAGACGCAGCAGACGCAGCAGACGCAGCCACCACACCACCGCAGCACCGAGCGCCUCAGCCUGGGUGGGCCGUCUGCGUCUGUGUCUGUGCUGUCUUCUGGAGCCCAGAGCCGUCUCAGGCAGUGGAGCGAGGAGAGAGAGGCGGUGAUGACGCGCAGCUUGAGGAAGCUGAGAGAGCAGAUUGUUCGGGCAAACCUGCUGGUUCAGGAGGCCAGCUUCAUUGCUGAGGAGCUCAACAAGAGAACAGAGUACAGGGUCACCCUACAGAUCCCUGCAGCUAACCUCAACGCAAACAAGAAGCGUGACGUGGUGUUGAGUGAGCCUGCGGUGCAGGUGAGGAGGAAGGGCAAAGGCAAACAGAUCUGGGCCAUGGAGAAGAUGGAGAACAGGCUUGUGGACAUGAGGGAGCUCUACCAGGAGUGGAAGGACUACGACGAGGACGACCCCGUGAUGCGUAGCUACUUCAAGCGGGCUGACCCAUUCUUUGACGAGCAGGAGAACCACAGCCUGAUUGGUGUAGCCAACGUCUUCCUCUCCUGCCUCUUCUUUGACGUCAAGCUGCAGUACGCAGUACCCAUCAUCAACCAGAAGGGGGAGGUGGCGGGGCGUCUGCAUGUGGAGGUGGAGCGCGUGAGCGGGGAUCUGGAUGAGAGCGAGAUGGGGUCAGAGGAGCCCGACAGAAGAACCGCAGGGGAGGGGCAGGAGAGACAGCUGGUCUGCACGAUAAGGGUUGUGCAGGCCACCGGACUGCCUCAGCACCUGUCCAACUUCGUCUUCUGCCAGUAUCACUUCUGGGAGCAGGAGGACCCUGUGUUCAUCCCCCCCGAGGUGGAUCCCUCCACCCCGCACACCCCCAGCAGCAAGGAGCCCCAGUGCUUGGUGGUGUUCGACAGCAGCAAGGAACUUGAGGUUGCAGUAACUGAGGACUUUGUGGAGUUCCUGUCUGAGGGGGCGGUGGCCAUCGAGGUGUACGGCCACAAGCUGGCCCACCCCCGCAGGAACCUGGCACUCUGGGAUCUGGGAGUCAUCCAGGCCAAAACACGCUCACUGCGGGAGAGGUGGAGUGAGGUGGUGCGCAGGCUGGAGCUGUGGGUCCAGGUGCUGGAGCUGAACGAGGGUGGGGAGUUCACCCCCGUGGAGGUGGUGCCCGCCAAAGACGUCCGCACUGGGGGCAUCUUCCAGCUCCGACAGGGUCAGUCGCGGCGUAUCCAGGUGGAGGUGCGUUCUGUGCAGGAUUCUGGAACGCUGCCCCUCAUCGCUGAGAACAUCUUGUCUGUCGCCGUGGGUAACGUCGUGGUGCGUCAGACCCGCCCCUCCAAAGGCGGCGAAUCACAGCAGGGAGGGGAGGAGAUGGACAGUUACCAGGAGGGGGAUCUGGAGAGGCUGAGAGCCCACUGGCUGGCUGCUCUGACCCAGCGGCAGGAGUAUCUGGACCAGCACCUGCAGAAGCUGGUGGGCAAAGCAGAUAAGUCGGAGGAUGAUGUGGAACGGGAGGCUCAGCUGCUGGAGUGUCGUCUGACCCUGACCGAAGAGCGAAAUGCCGUCCUAGUGCCCUCAGCUGGCAGUGGCAUCCCUGGUGCUCCUGCUGAGUGGAGCCCUCCUCCUGGAAUGGAAACACAUAUCCCUGUCCUCUUCCUGGAUUUGAGUGCGGAUGACUUCUAUGACCACCUGACUCCGUCUCUGGCUGGAGGCCUGGAUGCCUCAUUGAGCGAGGAAGAUGAGGAUGAGUUCUUCGACCUUCAGAUCGUUAAACACCAUGAUGUAGAGGUUAAGGCGGAGGCCUCGUGGGACCCGACGGUGCACGAUUGCAGGGAGCUGAGCCGCGGUGGCGGGCAAGGCCAGAGGGUGUACCUGACAGUCCGGGCGGCGGUUCUGCUGAGUCACCCAGCCGAAAUGCAGCUAGUGCUGCGCAAACGGAUCUGUGUCAGCCUCACUGGGCGACAGGGUUUUGCUCAGAGCUUCCUGAAGAAGAUGUCUCAGCGCAGCACCAUUCCAGGGAGUGGCAUCACAUUUGAGAUCGUCUCCAAUGUCCCAGGGGACAGUCAGGGUCCAGAGGACAGGGAGAUGCUGGUCCGAAUGGCUGCCAGUGCUGACAACCCCGAGUCCUCUGACAGCGAGGCAGCCAUCGAGAAGUACCUGCGCAGUGUGCUCGCUGUGGAGAACAUCCUGACCCUGGACCGCCUCAGACAGGAAGUUGCUGUGAAGGAGCACUUGGCCGCCAAAGGGAAGAUCAGAAGACGCUGUCUCAGUUCUCCCAGCGUUCACAGGCUCUCAGGGAGCCGUCAGGAUCUGUCCUCCUUCCACCACGAGCCACACAUUAUCAAAAAUCCCUUGGAGGACAUGUCUGCAUUGCCGCCCGCUCCGCUCAGAAGCCCCUCUUCCCCAAACACAAGCCUCCAAAGCAGCUCUGGGCCUGACUCAGGUUUCUCAGGCAUGGCUGCCUCUUAUCUCUCCCCAGUCAAAGCCCUGGUGCCCCCCGUGCCCAAGAUGCUGAAGUCCCUGUUCCCCCGCCGAGACGAGAAGAAAGACCUGCGCCCUGCCUCUCUCUCCCAGCAGGUGGAGUCUGCUAGGCCAGGGCUGAGGGACCCUGAGGGAGCUGGAGUAGUUGUGUUUGACCUCUUUACUGGGGGGCAUAAUGUGCCUCGCAUUAUAGUGCAGUCGGCAAGCCUUGAGGAGGACCUUGGUACAGCUAAACUAGUCCCACAGACUCCAGGGGAGGAGGAAAUCCCAGAGGAUUACUCUGAGCCUCCACAUGAAGCCCCCAGUGUUCCGGUCUGCUCCUUCCCACAGAUGGAUGAUGUCGCAGUUAGCUCACUCGACAGGGAGUCCGGCAUCUCAGAGGCAGCCGUCACUGACAUCUCUAUGACAACGGUCAUGGCAGAGGCCUCAGCAGCAGAAGACCAAUCAGAAUCCCUGGAGGCACUUCCCCUGCCAUAUACUGGGCUUGAGCUGGAAGACCCCGCCCUUAGCGAUGUGAGUGACGUAUCAAGUGGCUACAUGUCCACAACCAUCUCCAUGGGAACCUUGUCUGAAGCCCCCAUUUCAAACUCAGACCAGACCACUUCUGCUACUCCAGACUUUCAAUCAGAGAGCUUCACUGCACCAACCAAUCAGGAUGGCCUGGAGGUGAGCAUUGCUCUGUCCCCUCCAAUCAAAACUGAUGACGAUGAUGAUGCUGACAGAGAUGAGGCUGAAGAGCCUCAGGUUUGCCAUGUCGACAAGGAUGAAGAGCCAGAGUCAUUACCUGCUUCAGAGGACCAAACCAAAACAAGCCAGACUCCUCCCACACAGCAGGAACCCACUGAUGUUCUCCCAGUUCCCUCCUCUCCCCCUUCUGAAGCUGAUACUGAUGUAACAUCCUAUUUAGUGUCACAAGAGGAAUCUCACACCACUAAUCUGGACCCUUCCCCUCUAGAAGACUCCCCCUCCAGCCUUGCUCCUGGCCCAGCAGAAACUCAGCCCUCUCCCAGUUCCUCUUCUGCUUCUCCCCCCGACCCGCCCCACUCUGGUACCCCUCCGCCAGAUCCUCCCUCGGCCCCUGAUUCUUCAUCAGAGGUGACACAGGAAUCAUGUCCUAGUCCUCCAGAAUCUCUUCCAGAACCACAGCCCCCAUUCCAUUCCAUAGAUGCGCCUCCUGCAACCGACUCCCAAAGCCCUCUAUCUGUGGAGGCAGGCAUCUCUUCAACCCCCUCACAAGCUGCUUCUUCCUUUUCCUCUCUGACUCCCCAAUUGGAGGCACCAGUGGAGCCUGCACCCACCACCAAGCAACCUCCUCCCAAAGCUAUGCCUGUUGGCAACCCUUUCAAAAUCCAGAAGAUCAAGACCUCGGACAUCAAGUCCUUCAAGGGCAUUGCGGACAACCCUGGAGAGCCAGGGGGAAGUGGCAGUCUGCUGGGCCUGUUGGAUCCCCUGGAGAGGUUGGAGAUCAUAUCUGACUCGGAGGAAUGCAUCGAGGGGCAGGAGGGUCCAGAGCGCCCCUUGCCAGGCUGGUUGAAGGACGGCGAGUAUGUGACCGUGGGUACCAAUAAGCAUGGAACGGUGCGCUAUGUAGGGCCGACAGAGUUUGCUGAGGGCACCUGGGUCGGUGUGGAGCUGGAUGUUCCAGCAGGGAAGAACGACGGCUCCGUGAACGGUCAACAUUACUUUCACUGCAACCCUGGCUACGGUGUGCUGGUGCGCCCAGACAGGGUCACCCGAGCAGAGGGCACGGCAAAGCGAAAGAGGAAGAAGCGCCACAGCACCAACCUCUCGGUGUCUACCACCAACCUCUCGGGGUCCAGUACCAACCUGUCCCGGUCCACCACCAACCUCUCAGGCUCCAGCACCAAUCUGUCUGGCUCCAGUACCAGGCUUUCUGGCUCCAGUACCAGGCUUUCUGGCUCCAGUACCAACCUGGCAGCUCUCACUGCCUUGGCGAAGAGGGAAGGAGCUGGAAGUGCCCGUCGGGGGGAGAACAGGAAGUCCUGGAACAGCUGAUUGGGAAAUAUUCUAGAAUGAUUCUGGAAUGACUGUUGCUAGGUCCUCUGGAAUUUGGAACAACAUAGAAGAUGCCCUUGUAUUUAUGAAGCAUUACAUUGCCAAUGCUAUUAACUGAUCACCAGCAAUUUUAAAACCUCACAAUCUCCGAUACAUCAUAGACGAGUUAACAAAAACACUAGCCAAAUGUUUAUCAGUGCCAAUGCUGUUUGCCUUCAUGAUCAAACACCAAAUAAGGCUGGGGAUAUACUUUUAAUCCAAAUGUAUAUUUUAUAUUGCAAAUAGUGAUAAAAAGAUCUCUCAGAAGUGCCUUCAAGACUGCUGUCUGGCCGAAUAACACAAUCUCAGGAAGUGAUGACAAGUGAGCCUGAUGUAAGCGGUGGAAUCGUGAUGGACUUCUGCGGUCAGAGUUCUCUACUAAUUCAUUUUCUGGUAUUAUUUUGUAAUAGCCGAUCACAUACCCAAACACUUUAGUACAGAAUGUAAAGCUCUAUAGAUUCAAUCAAGAACACAUGCUUACGUGUUUGCACAAGUUAUUUUUAAUGUUCAUUUUUAUUUUGCAUUGGGAGGUGUGGACCAGAGGAUUUUAUUUCAUAUUUUCAACAGGCUGUGAGUCGGUCGUAAAAGUGUGCUUUGGUGAAUGUAGUCUGUAAGAGGUGGUAGAUGUAUGUGGUGGGUGUGUUGUUAGAAAAAAUAUGACGCAUAACUGAAAUUAUUUGUGUGUGGUUUUACAUUGUCUGCUCUUUUUUAUGAUUUGUACAAAAGAUGCUUUUGUCAGAUCGGAUUUUAUAUCUUUUUGUUGUUGUUACAUGGUGUACGAAUGACAAUGAAAUAAGCAUUGAAUGAUAUCUGUAUGUAUGACAUUUUCUGAUUUAAAAAUAUUGCAAUAAAGGUAUCCAGCAAUUUAUUUAUUAACAUA